ACCUGGGCAGGAGAGGCGUGGCACCAGGCUCUAGGGUGCACAAAACGUUUUGACAAGACGCUAGGCUCCGGCCAGCACCUCGUGGUAGUUACAACAUUGCUGGUGUUGUGAGUGCCUUACCACUAACUACUGUUGUAUGGCGGAGUGUAUUAUAAGUGUCCCAGUGAGGUGCAAGUGGCUGCAGGAGCAUGAUUUACCAGCAUUGGGGGAAUGGAGUCUGACUCUCUGCCCAGCGCUGACUGAUUCACUGCGAGUCACCAACGCGGCUCCACUAACGCAAUGAGUUAUAACCACAUUGACGCAAGUUACAUUAUCAUGACACAAAUUACAUCAAUGAAGUGACCUGAAAAUUUCCUUGAUAGUAAACUGCACAACUACAUGCUGACGGAAGACUUGGUACACUAUGUGAUCAGUGACAAGGGUAUGUUGCUGGCCAUGAUUUCGAACACAACAUGGCGGGUAUCCUCAACAGUGGAGGGGCACAGGAAGCACCACAAGCCUCAGUGUACAUUGACGCCGCCUACAACGAUUAUCUGGACAAUGUUCUGGCCGACUAUGGCAUUCGGUUCAGUCCGGGAGGCUCAGGCAUCGAGGAGAUCGAUGUUUCCCCAGAGAAGAGUGAGGAGGACAAGGAGGUUCUCGAGGUUAAACCCUUCCCCUUCAAGAAUGAGGUGGCUGAGAGCAAGCUGAGCUCUGCCAUCAGUAGGCCUACCACUUCCUUAAGACUAUCAGAGGUCAUCAGUAGGCCUACUACUACCAAAAGAAAAGCAGACUCUGAUUUAGGCAGUGAUGAAGAUUUAACCUUGACGAUCGACGAGUCGGGGAGUUCCAGAGAGGUGCCCACUGCUCUGCCCUCACUCACACACAAGAUUCCGCACAGGAAGCUCAAGGUGUACCAGAGGGAACCUUUUCAAGACCCCGCACAAGAAAAACGGAGGAUCAACGCUAUCUUAGCAAAACAAAACAGGGAUCAGAAAAAAAAGCAAAUUCAAGACUUAAAGGAAACGGUACAAAAACUGCAACGUGUGAAUAUGCAGUGCAAUAAAGCUCUUAGAAGGACCAACAAUGAUGUCCAGCAGCUGCGACUUCAUCUGCAAAGCUACGAAGCCUCAAGGAGUUACUUGGAAGAGAAAGUAAAAAACCAAGAGAUAGCGCUCCGUGAGCAGCGAGACAAGUUUAUGUUGUUUAGGGAACACCUGGACCUCAUCACCAGCAGCCUUGAUGAUGACAACACUACCAAGAAGCUCAUCUCUGCUUUGUUGAAGCGACUGUCUGGCGAGACGUCGCUGUCUGCUGCUGCUCCUACUGCUGCUGCUGCUGCUGCUGCUGCUGCUGCUGCUGCUGCUGCUGCUGAUCCUUCUGUUGCUGCUGCUGCUGAUCCUCCUACUGCUACUGUUUUUCCUCCUGCUACUGCUAUUCCCACUACGUUUUUUCCCACUACUACUGCUACUGCUGCUACUAUUCUUCCUACUACCGUUGCUAGUGUUCGUCUUACUGCUGUUACCACUCUUCGUCCUACCGCUACUGCUCCUCCUCCUACUAUUGCUACCGCUACUGUUUCUCUUACUAAUGCUAUUACUGUUCGUCCUACCACUGCUGUUACUGUUACUUCUACUGCUAUUUCUCCUACUGUUACUGCUACUAGUUUUCCUUCUACAACUGCUACUACUGUUCCUCCUACUGUUACUGAUGGUAUUGUUCCUCCUACUGUUACUGAUAUUGUUCCUCCUACUGUUACUACUGGUACUGUUCCUCCUACUACUAUUGCUACUGUUCCUUCUACUACUACUGUACCUACUAGGCGUCCCACUACUGAUCCUUUUACUUCUGCUGCUGCUCAUACCUCUGAGUUUCAAGGCAACAAAGUGAAGCGGAGUGUCGACUGAUGGGUUAUCCGCCAAACCUAGUGACAUACGUCGUACACUGUGACUGCCUUCGUCAGGGAUAUUAUUAUGUCUGGGUGGCAUGUAGUCAGGUGACAAGUCUGCCCUGUGAACCUACUCUCGCAGUGUUUCCAGCUAAUAAGCCAUUCUCCAUAUAGUGUUAUGGGUUGCCCUUCCUCGGGCUGGCUGCAGGAGAGUUCUUACCACCAGUGAGGUGACACACGUGCACAUAAGUGUUUAUAAUUAUCCAGUCUUGACUCAACACACUCACACUC